AUGAUGAGAAACUCCUUUUCGCUGCUAUUGUUCUGGCCUGUCCUCUUUCCGGCGGCCGUGCGCCCCAGCCUGGACGCGGGCGCUGCGCUGGACCUGGAUGGGUCGCUGGCGCUGCUGCGCCGCAGCCUGCGACGGCUGCGCAGCGACCGCAGCGAGGGCGACUUCGAGCCGCAGGACGCAGAGGAGGCGGCGGGGGUCUCGGAGCUCACCAUGUACAUGGCGAAUUUCACCAAGGAGAAAUGUGGCGAGCUGCACGAGAAGGAAGGGAAGGAUGAAAACACCACGAAGCUCCUGGAGAAGAUGAAGGAUGUGUGCGAAGAGGAGGACGCGGAUCAGGUCGUUAGCAAGAUCAACGUCCAUGUCUCUGAUCCCUUCUUCGCACAAUUCCUCUGUGGCGGCUUGAACCUGUUUACGGUGAAUGAGAUGACGUAUACCGAGUUGCUGCAAUGUCAGUUCGCGGGGAACUCCAUACUGGGUGGAUUGGAAGAUUGUGCCACCACGGCGCGACAGCAGGACGCCAAGGUGUUCGCCCUGAAAUUUGGGCUCUACGCCAUCAAGGUCUCGGCCAUCUUCCUCCCCUUGCCGCCGCCGCUGGGGCUCCUGGUGCACAAGGCUGCGGACAUGGCCCUGGCCAGACUCAGCAAGGAGGUGCGGAAGCAGUUGACCCCACCGUUGAAAAAGGCAGAAAAGGGUGGAUUUUGA